AUGGCUGGCGAAGAGAGCAAGGCGAAUCUAUUCGCAGUACCGGACUUCUGGCAGAGGUCGAAAUGGCUCCAAGACCUCGCAACGGAUCCCGAGGCCGACUUUUUCUCUCUGCACAAAAAUGACGAUCCCGAUGCGACAACCAACGGCUCCUUUGCGGCUGUUGCGCCAGUCCUUGCCGAUUCGCAUGGACUGUUUAAAGCGCCAGUGUUCGAAGCCCCAGAUCCUGUUGAGCAAGAAACACCAGUCGAUGAAAUGAGCACAGCUAGCGAGUCGAUAGCCGAUACAUCAUUCGAAGUAGACGCGUGGAUGGACCUCGACGAAGCUGUUCCUGCGCCUCCCGCGCACCGAACCUGGGAUGCCUUUGAAAGAGGGACGACAGUGCCGCAUGAGCCGUUAUUCUUCAGCGAAGCUGGAGCUUCUACUUAUGACGCUUUGCUCUCAUGGCCUACGGAUCCCCUGAAUCUUCAGAACACAGAUGUCCCCGUUGUGCAAACAAAGGCAUAUUUUUCUGCGCUGCUGUCUCUCGCGCUCGGCAGGCAAUCUGUGCUCUUUGUUCGAAACCACCCCCAAAAGACAUUUGAGCCUGCGUUGCCAAAGUUUCGAAUAUCAGGUUACUCCCGUCAGGUAUUGGUUGGCGUCGAGGAAGAAUGCCUAAUCUGCGGGACGCGAAUACUGGACUUGCGCUCGUUCAUUCAAAGUUCAUACACAGCCGAAGCUAGCCCAUGCCGAGUGGCUCUCGCGAGCGCUGUCAACCACAUCUUGCAGGUCGUGCACAAAUACAUCACUGUGGACAAAGUGCAGCCUCAGUCACUGCUUCAACUGCAUACGUCAAUAGCUUGUCUGGCAGCGAUAGUGAAGCCGCUAGUUAGGCUGAAUGCGCAGCUACGACCGGAUAUGCGCGACCACGACAUACUUUCUGCUGUCUUCCAUCACGCGUCUCUGGCAGACGCUGAAAGUCUAUAUAUCCGUGAUAUGAUGCGAGAAAUCCUGCAGCGCGUGUCAAGCCCUUGGAUCGAGUUCUUGCAGGAGUGGAUUGGGACCAAGGCGGAGCAAGGCAUCCCGCUGACCAAAUCCGAUCUUGGAGCAAGGAAAUGGUUUAUCAAAGUUGACAAGGAGAUCUACGUGGACGAUUUUGGGCGGCAAGUUGAGGACGUUGACUUUCGCCUCGAUCGCUCGCGCAUGCCAUCAUUCUUACCCGAUGAUGUUGCACAGUCGAUAUUUGAGACUGGCAAGAAUCUACGAUUUAUCAAGAGUCACCACCCUCAACAUAUAUUAGCCAAUACCCAGUUUACCGUGUUGCAGAACCCACCAGAGAUAAGAUGGUUAUUUGACUGGAAUGAUGUUUCCCAAGUCGAACGCCGAAUAAAGGAAUUCGGGGAGAGGAUGGCGACAGCUGUCAGUGAUGGUCGGGCGGGAAAUGCUACUGAGAUGGGCUUGCCACUCUAUGAUUCCUCACACAAGACACAAGAUUACGAAUUAACAUUCUUCGGGGUUAACGAAAAAGAAAUAGAGGAGCGUAUAGAAGCAUCGAUGCGACGUUUGAAAGAGCCACUGAAAGACGAGACCGCUCACGACUCGCUUUCAACGAUUGUCCGUCGCCAACUUCACCAGGGCUUCUCUAAUAGCUCGGGAAGCAGUCUCACGCCCCAUUGGUCCCUGCUCCCGCUACUCUCGUUUGGAGCAAUGGUAUCAGCACAGGCGCACUCCAUAAACCAAGAGCAAAUGAGACUCCUCUUUGCCAAUCACGAUCUUCUCGGGCACUUUCGCCUAUAUAGGGACUUUCAUAUGCUUGGAAGUGGUCUAUUUUGUACCAGGCUCUCACAAGCACUGUUCAGCCCGGAUCUUGAGUCUGCAGAGAGACAGGCAGGUGUUGCUAGACAGGGCGGCGUCAUGGGACUCCGCCUUGGCGGCCGCGACACCUGGCCGCCUGCUAGCUCAGAAUUGCGGCUGGCAUUGAUGGGCAUUUUAUCUGAUGCGUACUUUGACAAACUGCCCAAGUCGUCCAGCAGGCUCGGCAGAGAUGGCGACAGACUUCCUGGAGACUUGAGCUUUGCCGUUCGGGAUCUCUCAGAAGAAGAGAUACAACAAUGCAUGAACCCAGACUCGUUGGAGGCGAUGGAUUUCUUGUGUUUGCAAUACACAACACCGCCAGCUUUGAGCAGCGUCGUUACCCCCGUCGUCCUGUUGCAGUAUGACCGCAUUUUCCGGUUACUCCUGCGCGUCUUACGACUGAUGUACGUCGUCGAUGAGCUAUUCCGGCAAACACUUUGGACCAACCGAGUUUACGGAUAUGAGCUGUCGGACGACGAAUAUCGCUUUGCCCGCGAGGCUCGCAUUUUCGUCUCAAGUGUGGCCGGCUACUUUCUCGACACCGCCAUCUCGAUUCCUUGGCGAGCUUUUGAGGGUCGUCUGGGCCAGAUUCAGGCGGCUUUGGCACUCGCUCGCAACGACGCCGUCACCAAGCAACCCCCAAGUCCGCUUCAGCUGCAACAGCUCCACACCAAACUCUUGCACACCAUCAUGAGCGGGCUGUUUCUGCGUAAGAGACAACAACCUAUACUGAAUCUGUUGGAAGACAUCUUCAACGGCAUUUUGGAGUAUGCCAAGGUCGCCAAAGCCAGUGACUCGGGCGCAGCGCCACAGAGUCAGGCGGAAGCGAGACAGCCGUCGGAGCUUUACCAUGAGUUUAAGCAAAAAGUGCAAAUCUUCAUCACAGUCUGCCGCAGUAUAGCCGAGAAGGCCAAAUCAGAGUCAAAGACCAAAGAUGGCGGUGAUGGGUUGUUCGCCUCGGUCGGAGUUGGUGAUGAGGGCAUUGUUGCUCAGUUACUAUCCAAGCUUGAUCUGGAUAAUUAUUAUGUGAAAUAG